GUUUAAAGAUAUUCCGACGCACGGAAAAUAAGCCAAAUACGAAUAUGUACAUGACUGAAAUCAGCCAAAUUAAAAACAGCAAGCUGCCGGCCGUAGUAGCCGCGGCGACAUACAAUGAAACUCCCAUCCAUGAGAAACAGUUAGGCCACCGGUCAGCUACGGCGAACCAGAGACGUACAGUUUUCCGUCCAUGCCUAUGUUGCUGAACACCAUUUUUCUGCACCCAACCCAACACCUUCACCACCCAAGAAACAAGGAACAUCAUUUGCUAUAUAUUUUGACACAAGGAAAAACAGAGGAAGUUUUCUAGAAAAUGGACCGACUUGUCCACGGCGGACGACGUGGCAAUUUCAUACACGCCACGCGGCACCAUUUCGAGCCGGACAAGUGUUCACCUUUCGACAGUGACACGUGCAUGAACGCAUGCACAAAUGGCUGGAGGACGUUGUUAAAGCAUACAAUAACGUGAAAGGAAAUUUACUUGAAGCAGAACUAGCCAGAGAGAGCUGACGAACAUAGAUCGAUGGAGAAAGGAGAAGAGAGGACAGAGGUGGAAGAAGACACCGCCGCCGCUGCCAAUAUCGCCGGGGAGCGGCGGCCGUCGAAGGAAGUGAAAGGCGUGGUGGUUGAUGAAGACAUGGAGGAGGAGAGGAUGAAGAAGGAAGGUGAAGCAGAAGUGAAAGGGCUACCUCACCAACAAGUUCCUCAGCCUGCCGACUUCUCCACCGAGCCCCUCGAGCGAGCUCUCCAUAUCGACUAGCAAUUUUUCACUCUCUUUAAUUAAUGUCUUAUGGAAUC